AUGUCUCAGCCAGGCCCCAAGGCGCUUACGUAUGUCACCACCUUGGCGGUGCCUAACUCAAAUUAUGCCGUCGUCGGAUAUGGCCUACGACUUGCGGAGGACAUGGGUGCGCACAAACGGAUAGCAUACGGAUCGGUGCCCACGGCUAAAGGCGAGCUGAAAAAGCGCGCGUUUUGGUGUCUAGUCGCGAUAGACAUAGGCUUGUGCACUGCCCUCGGAAGGUCAUGUGGGCUCUUCUGCGAAGACUUCGAUCUCGACUAUCUCAUAGAAUGUGAUGAUGAGUAUUGGACGGCGACGGACGGCCCGCAAUCAGAAUUCAAACAACCUAUAGGACAACCUUCUACUGUUGCGCACUUUAACUGCGUUCUUAAGUUAGAGCGCAUAUACGUACACGCGCUACGCACCAUUUACUCGACGCAAGGAGCCAAAACUCUCUCGGACCCUGAACGCGCCCAGCAAAUCGUGGCAGAGUUGGAUUUGGAGCUAGACCAAUGA